AUGGAGAGCGACACUGCUGUCCGCAGAAUAAAAGCCUUCGGGAUGCACAGUUACCCUGCGCCAGGUAAAGACGGCUCUCGGGAGCAGUGCGGGAAUAACGACUGUAGCAGCGACCCAAAGCGGAAGCCUGAAGUCAGCCUGUACUUGCUGCGGGAAGCGCUGGCAGCCUCCCUGCUGUGUGCGUUUAUUUUGCUCUUGUGGGGUCUCGUUCAUUUGUCGUUACGGCAGCUUGUCAUCGGGAGGCCGUCCGGCGACUUUAACGCAGCGAGAGCUCGACAGCACUUAGAGCGGAUCACCAGUGUUGGCCCACGGCCGGUGGGCAGCCAGGAGAAUGAGGUCCUGACCGUAGAUUACUUAUUGGAGCAGAUUGAAAACAUUCGAGCUGAGACUGCAGCUGGCCCCCAGAAGCUGACAGUGGAUGUGCAGCGUCCCACUGGUACUUUCUCCAUUGAUUUUCUUGGUGGCUUCACCAGUUUUUAUGACCGUGUCACCAAUAUCGCUGUCAGGCUGGAGCCCAAGAGUGGGACGCAACAUCUCAUGCUGGCAAACUGCCACUUUGACACAGUGGCCAACAGUCCAGGUGCCAGUGAUGAUGCAGUCAGCUGUGCAGUCAUGCUGGAAGUCCUCCAUUCUCUGGCCAAUCAGUCUACUCCUCUUCACCAUGGAGUUGUUUUCCUGUUUAAUGGCGCAGAGGAAAAUGUUCUGCAGGCCAGUCAUGGUUUCAUUACUCAGCAUCCAUGGGCUAAACAGUUGCGAGCCUUCAUUAACUUGGAGGCUGCCGGUGUCGGGGGCAAAGAAGUCGUCUUCCAGACAGGUCCAGAAAACCCUUGGCUAGUUCAGGCCUACGUUCAUGCGGCCAAACACCCAUUUGCCUCCGUGGUAGGUCAGGAAGUAUUUCAGAGUGGAGUUAUCCCGUCUGACACAGACUUUCGUAUCUUCAGGGACUUUGGUAACAUCCCAGGUAUCGAUCUGGCUUUCAUUGAGAAUGGCUUCAUCUACCACACCAAAUAUGACACUGCUGACAGGAUCUUGACAGAAUCUAUUCAGAGAGCUGGCGACAACAUCCUGGCAGUGCUGAAGCACCUGAUCACGUCAGAGAAAUUGGCUGAGUCUUCAGAAUAUCGCCAUGGCAACAUGGUAUUUUUUGACCUGCUUGGGGUGGUAGUUGUGGCGUAUCCGGCACGGGUUGGCACCAUCUUAAACUAUAUGGUGGCCACGGCUACUUUCUUCUAUCUGGCCAAAAAGGGGUCGCUGCCUGGCAGUGGAGGUGGGCGCUACGUGCGAGAGCUGGCCUGUGCCACCGGAGUGGCCCUGCUGAGCUGGUUUGUCACUUUACUCUCGGUGCUGAUUGUAGCUCUGCUCGUCACCCUGAUGGGCUGUUCCAUGUUUUGGUACAAUCAUUUCUACUCUGCGGUCUGUCUGUACGGCGCUGCCGCCACGGGCAAAAUGAUCCUCGUCCACACGUUAGCCAAGAACCUGUACUACAGGGGCGUCCGUUUGGUGGAACUGGGCGACCGCUUCUUUGACGUCAGCUUGCUGCUGUGGUGCUGCAGCCUGGUGUGGUUGACCCAGCAGGGCCUAUGCUCAGCCUACGUGCCCAUGCUAAUGGUGGCGUUCCCGCUGACCAACAGACUGCUGCUGGCUAAUGAGUUUAAGCACAGAGGGGCGUCGGUGAAGUACAGCAUGUUGUAUCUGUUGGGCCUGGCGUUGCCCUACGUCCACUUCAUGUUCCUUAUCUGGGUGGUGUUUGAAAUUUUCACACCCAUAAUGGGCCGCAGCGGCACCGAGAUCCCCCCUGAAGUAGUGAUGGCCUCCUUGGUCACCCUGGCAACCAUCUUCCUCUCCUCCUAUUUUCUGCAUUUCAUCUACUUAGUACGGAGUACGAAGUGGAUCCUGGCCGGUCUGGGAUCGGUCUUCCUCUUCAUGUUGCUGUUGGUGUCCUCUGGCUUCCUUUUUCCUUAUUCUGCCAAUCCAGACAGUCCACGACCCAAACGGGUCUUCGUGCAGCACACAACCAGGACCUUCCACAACGUGCAGGGUCAGGUGGAGAGCCGGGACUCCGGCCUCUGGAUCAACAGUUUUGAUUUCACCGGCCUACAGCACAUCACACCACACAUCCCCGAGCUCAAUGACAGCGUCCGCACCCGUUGCCGUGAUGACCAACCCUUCUGCGGCUACCCGUGGUUUCUGCCAGUGAAGUUCCUCAGCAAGAAGAACUGGUACCUUCCAGCUCCAGCAGUGUCUCCCAGCUCUCCCACCGAGUUCAGCCUGCUGUCUAAAGAGGAAACCAGCUGGGGGACCAUCAAGAUGACCUUCAGUGUCAGAGGCCCGAGCCACAUGUCUCUCUAUCUCAUGCCACACCGUGGAGCCAGCCUCUCAACCUGGUCCUUUGGCGAUGGAACGCCUCGAUUUGACCUGAGCGGAGAAUAUUUUGUCUUCUAUUCUCACGGCCUCGACGCCCCCACGUGGACCUUCUGGUUUGAAAUACAGCCUCCCAGGGAUCCUGACCCAACAGGGCCAGAGGGGAUGAUCUCACUUGCCGUGUCCUCCCACUAUUUCUUCGGGAAAGACAAGAGGACACCUCAGCUGGAGGAAAUCCUGGGCAGAUUUCCCACAUGGGCGUUUACAUCCUCCUGGGUCAGUACCUACGACAUGUACCGCUACUGAUGGACCUGCACUGAGGAGGGCUGCAUACUGAACAAUAACGAGGAGGGGGCGUGCACACUCGCCCCCCCCACACACACUCCAUGGCAGCCUGGCCUACAGACCCCAUCACUGUGUCAGUCGUCUUUGUAGCUAAGCGUGCAGGACGCUCAGUCUUCAGAGCCUUACAGACCGACCAGGCGACGCCCCGGGUGCUACUGUAAGCCCUGUGCUCGAUCCUGGAUCAGUCACAUCAAGGAACUCUGUUCUUUUUGCCUCUCUUAUACUUGAUCUGCUGUGCCUUUGCUUUGCUCACUUCCUUCCACUCUCUUUCUCGUGCUCUCACUAACAUCGUCCUCCUGAUUUUGGUCUCUGCUACUAACCAGCUGUUAACAUUCUGUGUAAAAAUGGUGAGAGCGAGUUUUCUCCUGGUCAGCGUCACUGGCUUCCUCUGCAGAAAACUGGCACCACCACCUGCACCGUAACUGUGCCACUGACUGCCAGAAGGAAA